UAAGUUGUCAUGCAGACUGAGCAACUAUAAACCAGCUGAACUGAACCCAGGGUGCAGAUCUCCAACAUGCUGCAGACACUGGCCGUCCUCUUGCUUCAGGCAGUAUACGUCCUUGGAUGCGGCACACCGGCUGUUCAGCCCAACACCAACAGGGUAGUGAACGGAGAGGACGCUCGCCCCCAUAGCUGGCCUUGGCAGAUCUCACUGCAAGUGAAGCAUGGCAGCCGGUACCAUCACACAUGUGGAGGAACUCUGAUUGGACCUCGCUGGGUGCUGACUGCUGGACACUGCAUCUGGCCAGGAGAUGUGUAUCGUGUUCUCUUGGGGGAGCAUGACAUGAGCCAGGAGGAGGGCACAGAGCAGAUCAGAGAUAUAAUUCGCAUCGUCGUGCAUCCCGACUGGGACAUUGAUUAUGUGGCUGAUGGUAACGAUCUUGCCCUGCUGAAGCUGGAUAAGAGCCCCAUUAUAAACGACAGUGUCAGUGUGGCUUGCCUUCCACAGGCUGGAGAAAUCCUCCCCCAUGGUUUCCCAUGUUUCAUCUCUGGCUGGGGCAACCUAUACACUCAUGGCCCCAUGCCGGAUAAACUGCAGCAGGCCUUGCUGCCUGUGGUGGAGCACAGCGUGUGCAGCCGCAGUGACUGGUGGGGCAUCACCGUGAAGAGCACCAUGGUCUGCGCAGGAGGGGACGUGGUAGCUGCAUGCAAUGGAGACUCUGGCGGUCCUCUGAACUGUUUGGGUCAGGAUGGUAGGUGGUACAUCCAAGGCGUAACCAGCUUUGUUUCUUCCCGUGAGUGCAAUGAAGUGAAGAAACCCACCGUCUUCACUCGCACCUCUGCUUUCACCGAGUGGCUCAGUGAGGUCAUGCUGAAUUACUGAAGGUCUGCUGGACACCGUAUCAACCACACCAAAAAUAAUGAGAUCCCAGGUCAAUUUCUCUCUAUUUGUUUCCAGUUUUAAUAUCUGGGUUAGUAGAGAGAUCUAGAAAAGCCUGAAAAACAUUAGUUUGAUUAAAAAAAUAAAUAAAAAAAUGCAUUGAAAGAC